AUGAUCGAACCGUACCCAUGCGCACGCCCGCUCCACUCCGAGCAUACCGUCCCUGCGGCACGGGACGCAUCGCGCGAGCAGCUCGAAUCCGACGCGCAGCGCCUCCUGUCGUGCACAAGCACGGGCCGCCGGACGCCCAUCGCCGCGAGGUCGGCGGCACGGUUCGCGAGAGACAUGGUGACGAUCAGGGGCGCGAGGCCGGCGCUGCGCGUGGUGGUGCUAGACGACUUGCUGUCAGGGGUCUGUCGCCCUGGGGUUAGGAUGAGGGACGGGCGGGACCCGGGACCUCGGAGACGAUGCCCGCGUGAUGCGGACGCAGUGAUGGACGGUCUCGGACUCUUUCGUGAACUCGCCUCGGGCUACUCUGCAAAAUGGUCAGCUUCCUCGCACGACCAGCCGCAAAACGUGGCGUACACUUGCCGGAUGACUUUGACGUUCGUGACGUUCGCGCCAACGGCGACAACAGUGCCGCCUGCGAUGAAGCCUAUGAUGAAACCAAGCGCGAUUCCGCGGCGGAACUUCCAGCCAACAGGGUUGAGCGCGGUCGACUGGACAUUGACGAUCGCGUCGUGUCGAGUCGGCGACGACAAGGAAUUUGUGCAAUGUCUUUCUGGAUGUUAUGCGAGAGGUGCUGGGGAAGAGGCGUACGUAGUUCAGCAGGUCGUGGAGCCCGUUGCGCCCCUCCUUACGCUACGUUUUCUUCUGGGGGUCCUUGACCUUCGGGCCGAGCGCGUAACGGUGUUGGUAUUCCGGAUCUUCAACGAUCGAAGGCCAACCUGGGUAGUCAAAAGGAGCUUAGUGUCCAAACCGGUGCGCGUAGCGGAAGCUUCCCGGGCCCUUCAAGGUGAAUACUGA